GUGCCGGGGAUGAGAAGGGGCCGGAAGGGGGUGGCUGCCGGUCCGGCCCCGCCCCGGGGCCGCCUCCCCGCGGGUUCCGUUGGCUGUGGCGGCAGCUGAAAGCUGUGGCGGCUGGGGCCGCUGGGCGGGAGUAAGAUGGCGACAGCGGCGGCGGGCGCCCUGGGCCUGUUGUGGGGCUGGCUGUGGAGCGAGCGCUUCUGGCUGCCCCAGAACGUGAGCUGGGCCGACUUCGAGGGGCAGGGCGACGGCUACGGCUACCCGCGGGCCCGGGACAUCCUCUCGGUGUUCCCACUGGCGGCGGGAGUGUUCUCCGUGAGGCUGCUCUUCGAGCGGUUUAUUGCCAAACCCUGUGCACUCCAUGUUGGCAUACAGGACAGUGGUCCUUAUCAGGCACAACCUAAUGCUAUCCUUGAAAAAGUGUUCAUGUCUAUUACCAAGUAUCCUGAUGAGAAAAGGCUGGAGGGCCUGUCAAAGCAACUAGACUGGGAUGUCCGAAAAAUCCAGUGCUGGUUUCGCCAUCGGAGGAAUCAGGACAAGCCCCCAACGCUCACUAAAUUUUGUGAAAGCAUGUGGAGAUUCACUUUUUAUUUAUGUAUAUUCUGCUACGGAAUUAGAUUUCUCUGGUCGUCACCUUGGUUCUGGGACACCCGACAGUGCUGGCACAGUUACCCUUAUCAGCCUCUCACAAGUGGACUUUAUUACUAUUAUAUCAUGGAAUUGGCUUUCUAUUGGUCUCUUAUGUUUUCUCAGUUUACAGACAUUAAAAGAAAGGACUUUCUGAUCAUGUUUGUGCAUCACCUGGCCACCAUUGGGCUUAUUACCUUCUCCUACAUCAACAACAUGGUUCGAGUGGGAACGCUGGUCUUGUGCCUACAUGAUGUCUCAGACUUCUUGCUGGAGGCAGCCAAGCUAGCCAAUUAUGCCAAGUACCAGCGUCUCUGUGACACCCUUUUUGUGAUCUUCAGUGCUGUUUUUGUGGUGACUCGCCUAGGAAUCUAUCCAUUCUGGAUCCUGAGCACGACCCUCUUUGAGAGUUGGGAGAUGAUCGGGCCCUAUCCCUCCUGGUGGCUUUUCAAUGGCCUUCUCCUGGUCCUGCAGGUUCUGCAUGUCAUCUGGUCCUACCUAAUUGCACGAAUUGCUUUCAAAGCCUUGAUCCGAGGAAAGGUGACCUAUCCAGGAAGGAUUAGACCCAGACUCUGUACUCUCCACUCUUUUCUCACCUCCUUCCUUUUUUCUAUGCCUGGUGGGAGCUGGACAGUUUCACCUCUUGCAUGUGCUUAAGGAUGAUCGCAGUGAUGUGGAGAGCAGCUCAGAGGAAGAAGAUAUAACCACCAACUCAAAAGGUCCCUGUGGCCGCAGCUCCAGCAAUGGUGCCAAUCGGGUGAAUGGUCACAUGGGAGGCAGCUACUGGGCUGAAGAGUAAGGUGGUUGGUAUGGGGACUUCAGCAUAGACGGACUUGUAGGGCCACUGGCAACCUACUCCUCUUGGGCCUCCCCACGUCUACAUUCCUGGGACUAGGGGGUGUGCAGGGCACUGAGGAGAAUCAAAUAUUUUCACUUAAAAAAAAAAACUCAGCCAUUUCGUAUUUAAUAGCCUCCAGGUUCUUUCAGUAAUGUUAUUUGCUCCGUGCGUGCGCGUGCGUGUGUGUGUAUGUGCGCGCCUGUGCAUGUGCAUUUGUGCAUAUGCGUGAGUCUCGUUGCCUAGGUUGGGGCACAUUUCUGGACUAGGGCCAUUAGGCCUUGCCUGGUCUCCUCUGAACCCACCUCAGUCCCAGAUUUGGCUGCAUCUUGAAUUAUGCUGUUUCCAGAGUGUCCCCUCCCUGGUUGCCCAUGGCUCUUGAGCCCUGACCAUCUGAAUGGAGCAGCUGAAUUUAGCUCCACGUUUCUGCACUGUUUCUUCUUUGGAGCUGGAAUAUUUCGCAUGAAGUUGUAUGCAAACAGACAACCAUGAAAUGGGUGGCCAGAGAUUGCUGCGGCCCCUAGCUAGAUCCCCUUCCUGCCACCUGGUAGUGACAGGGACAGCUGCUGAUACCCUGCUCUUUAUUCAAUGGUACGCAGGAAGUGGGGGUGGGUGGGAGGAGCGGGUGAGCUGAGGGCUGGAGGACAACAGCCACUGGGUGAGCUGUUAACGGUUUAUACUAUUGUUUACUCUUCUGUGAUUAAAAGUGCUUCAACCCUCA